CUUAUCUGUCCUUCAGACACUCGCUGCUCCACUUAACACAAGCCUGCCUUUCCUCCCUGUAAUUUUAGACCAGUUUCUGCCAAAAUGACGUUCUUCCUCAAAACCAUGAUUAGCGGGAAAAUGAAAGACCUGGGAGGUGGUGGAGGAGGAGGAGAAGAGGCGAAGACAGAGGAGGGAGAUGGAAAGCCAACUGCAAAAAGCACAGGAAUGACAAGGGAAGAGUUUGAGGAAUACCAGCGUCAGCUGCUGGAAGAAAAAAUUGAACGAGACAAUGCAUUCACACAGAAAAAAGCAGAAAGGGCAACAGUUCGAUUGCAUAUGAGGGAUAAGUAUCGGCUACCACUUAGUGACAAGGAUGAAAGUCAAAUACAGAUGGCUGGGGGAGAUGUGGAACUGCCUGAGGAACUGGCAAAGAUGGUGCAAGAAGAUGAGGAUGAGGAAGAAGCUAAUGAUUCCUUUUUUGGGACCAUUCAAAACAUGGACUUUGACACCAUCAAGACCAAGGCCCAAGAAACGUUCACCGAAAUAAAGCAGACAGCUGAGGAAAAAUGUUCAGUGAUGUAACUCUCAUUAUAUCGGUGACUUAGUGAGGCUCAGUCAGAUGAGAUUUCCCCAUUACCAUGAUUGGUAUCACCACACUCAUCCUCAUGAUACUGGAAGCAAUAGGGAUACAGGUUAACCAUGAAUUAGAAUAGGAGAUGGUAUAGUGCAGGAAAUAUGCCAACUAAUACAGGCAUGGGAUUCUAAUGUAUCUAAAUGGAAGAGGUACAGUACAGGCAAGCAUCAUCUGUGCCCGGUGAUUUACAGGCAUUUUAUCAACUGUCACAGGCACAGAAAAUACAGAUAUUGCGCAGGGAAAUAUACUGACUGAAGAGGAGGUUGGGAAUUGGUGAAAGAUCUUGCUCUCCAACUGCUCACUGGGCAAAUGUAGUGUCUGUUGUGGCAAAAACAGAAUAUAUUUUCCAUUUCCAGUUCCCUUUGAAACAGUGGGGCAUUGACCAUAUUACCUCCUUUUGGUAUCCCUAAGUAUUGAUUCACAGGUUUGUCUCAUUGUCUUCUAAUUCAUUCCUUGCGAGGACCUCAGAACAAUGGAACUGCUCAUUCCUUUAGUUUUUCCUUAGUCCUCACUUCAUCCUUUCCUUCCUUCACAGCUUUUUAAACCCUGGCUUGACUUCACUAAACCACAAAUUUCGAAUUUACUUCACAUUCUCAACUGUGGCUGCAAACCUUUGCUCUUCACUGGGUUUCAAAGAAUCCCUACAGUGUAGAAACAGGCCAGUCAGCCUAUCAAGUACACAGCAACCCUGUGAAGAGCACCCCACCCAGACCAACACCCCCUUCCCUAUAAUCCUGCAUUUCUCACGGCUAAUUGACCCAGCUCACACAUUUUGGACUGUGGGAGGAAACCAGAACAUCCGAAAGAAACCCACGCAGACACGGGAGGAGAAUGUACAAAUUCCACACAGACUGUCACCCAAGGGUGGAAUCAAACCCGGGUCCCUUGGUAUAGCUACUAUGCUGCCCUUUCUUAUUAAAGCUCCCACUUGCCAGUGCUUUGGUUUCACUUUAUUAAUCUCACUAAAAUAAAACACAAGAGAAGUCGACAAUAAGAAGAUAUAACAAUAAGAUGGCGGUAGGAUUGUUUUGGAAGUGGAACGUUAUCUUCUGUUACUCAUGUCUUUUUACGCAUAUCCAAUUUACUGCUUUGUUAGCCACAAGUUAAAUAUUAAAUCCACAGGGUAAAAACAAUGACUGCAGAUGCUGGAAACCAGAUUCUGGAUUAGUGGUGCUGGAAGAGCACAGCAGUUCAGGCAGCAUCCGAGGAGCAGUAAAAUCGACGUUUCGGGCAAAAGCCCUUCAUCAGGAAUUAAAUCCUACAGAAGAACCAUAGAUAUCUGCCUUUGCUCUGUAAGGAGACAAUCUUUGCAUGUCUCAUGGGUCGACCCACCAGUCUACCUCUGGGCCCUGAGUCCAGUUACAGCCCGUAUUCAGAGAGAGUCUCUGGCCUCUUUGGGUUCUACCUGAAUUAGUUUGACCACCCUCAAUCUGGAAUAGAGCCAGAACACAAAACUGUGUUACUUAGUGGCCUCAGGACAGUGGGAGCAGGACAACAGGAAGAAAGGGGAUUGAUGUAAUAGAUUUGGAGCAGUGGAAGCAGGAUCAGAUAGCAAGGUCUGGGCAAUGGGGCCACAGUAGUCGUCAGGUUUGUACACUCAACGUGGUGGGAGUGAGGAACUGGAGUUAAGGCAGGGUACAGAAAGCCCUCGAUGGCCCUAUACUGGCAAGCUCACUGUAAAAAAGCGUUGAAUGUGAGAAACUCUCCAGUACCAUCAACCCUUCUCUGAAUUAAUGCAAAAGACAUAAAAAGGGGAUAAAAAGUGAAGCUAUUGGGUAAGCGUCUAACCAUGUAAUUACAACCAGAAUCUUCAUUGUUAAAUCUCCCACUGAACUCAGAUGAUUCUGGAGAACAAUUACAUUGAAAGCCAUUGUGCAUCUAUUGCUUUUGGUACAACAGACACAGUACCAGAUUACUUUCAUUCAGCAACAUUGCACAUUCAAAUUUUGGUUUUGUUUUGAUUUUUUUCUCUACUCACUAUUGUGAUACAGAAUAAAUAAAUAAUGUCUAUUCAGCUUUGAAUUGCUUUUUAGAAGUAUUUUUGUUUCUAUUCAAUAACCUUAUCCAGUCAUUGUCACAAGCAAACAAUAUGAGUUAGAUAUGAAGUAAAGUUCCUCUCCACUAGCCCAUGAAACAUUCCCAGGUCAGGUAUACCUUGGAUUUGAUGCAUAGUAAAACUCACAUGAAACAAGGGAAGGUAUGGUACAUUCAGCCUGUCAAUUCUGCUUCACCAUUCAAUACAACUGUGACUGAUCAGAUCCUUCAAUACCAUCCCCUUCACCCUUUAUGCCUUUGGUAAUAAGAGAUCUAUCAAUCUUUAUUUUUAAAAUAAUCAAAGAUUUCACUUUCAGCUCUCUGUGGUAGAGAAUUCCAAAGAUUCACAAUGCUCCAAAUAAAAUGAUUUAUCUUCUUCACAAUUCUAAGUGGCAUUACUCCUUGUGUUUAAAUCAUGCCCAUUUGUUCUAGACUAUACAACCAGGGAAAACAUCUUCCCUGCGUCUACUCUGCCUUUCCCUUUAAAUAGGUUUCAAUGAGGUUAUCUUUCAUUCUUCAAAACUCUAGAGAAUGCAGGCUGAGUUUGCCAAUCUCACUUCAUGUGACAGUGCCACCAUCCCAGAACUAGUCUGGUGAACCUUCAUUACACUCUGUCUGAGGCAAUCAAACCUUUCCUGAGAAAAGGAGAUCAAAACUACAAAUAUUACACCAGGUGUGAUCUAACUAAACUUCUGAACAACUUAAGCAAGACUUCACUACUUCUGUCCUCAAAUCCUCUUGGAAUAAGACCAAUAUGCUAUUAACCUUGCUAAUUGCUUGUUGCACCUGCAUGUUAGCCUUCCAUAAGACCAUAAGACAUAGGAGUGGAAGUAAGGCCAUUCGGCCCAUC